GGCCAUUUCCUCCCAGGCGGGGGGCAAAUCCUCGAGAAGCCGAGACAUCCCGUCCAGCCACCUGUCCUAAACCGGGUGCAGGCCGUGGUCACCUCUCUAGAAGGCUCGGGAGAGCCGGCCACACCGCCCCUCUCGGGUGCAGAAAGCCGGCUUCCCCCGGCCACUGGGAAGAUUCCUGGCUAUCCACCCGGCCGGGGUAUCUAGGGGCAGGAGCCGCGCCGGGCGUGCGGGAUAGACAAGAGAACACGCUCGCCUGACUGCCUCGCCACCCCACCCGGACCCAGGCUCGGCGCCGCACACUCCCCGGGGGGGGGGGGGGGCCGGCGCAGUCACGCGCACACCACAUUUGCGUUCACCAGCGCGCAAGGCCCUCGCUCUCCGCCCCGCACACCUGCGCUCCGCCCCCUGGUCCUGGGCCGGCGUCGGGCGAAGGCUUUUGGGAACCCAGGGUGGCUGCGGCGGCGCACCCCAUCUCUUCCCCUUUCCGGGGCCGGAGUUGUCGGGAAUCUGCCGCUGCUCCCAGCCAGGCGGCAUCCCUCUCCAUCCUUCCCUCCCCCCCGCCUGCCGCGGCACCGGUAUCUGCAGCCGCAGCCCGGAGCCGGUGAGGCGGCGAAGGGGGGAGGGGAAGGAAGAGAGGGAUGAGAGCCGGGAGGGCGUCGGGGGCCCUGAGCCGGACUAGGACGCCCCUGGAGCCGGAACCCAAGCAGGAGCCGGAGCCGGAGCCAGAACCAAACCACCGCUGCAGCCCCCAAACCCCGGGAGGCGCCCUGGCCCGCGCUCGCCCCCCAGGGCCUCAUGGCGGAACCACAGCCUGACCUGGAGCCACCCCAACAUGGGCUGUACAUGCUCUUCCUGCUCGUGCUGGUCUUCUUCCUCAUGGGCCUCGUGGGCUUCAUGAUCUGCCACGUGCUCAAGAAGAAGGGUUACCGCUGCCGCACAUCCAGGGCCUCGGAGCCUGAUGACACCCAGCUCCAGCCCCCUGACGACGAUGACAUGAAUGAGGACACAGUAGAGAGGAUUGUUCGCUGUAUCAUCCAAAAUGAAGCCAAUGCUGAGGCCUUGAAGGAGAUGCUGGGGGACAGUGAAGGAGAAGGGACAGUGCAGCUGUCCAGCGUGGACGCCACUUCCAGCCUGCAGGAUGGAGCCCCCUCCCAUCAUCACACAGUGCACCUGGGCUCUGCAGCCCCUUGCAUCCACUGCAGCCGCAACAAGAGGCCCCCACUUGUCCGUCAGGGACGCUCCAAGGAAGGAAAGAGCCGUGCCCGGCCUGGGGAGACCACCGUUUUCUCUGUGGGCAGGUUCCGGGUGACACACAUUGAGAGGCGCUAUGGACUGCAUGAGCAUCAUGAGGGCUCCCCCACAGACAGGAGCUUGGGGUCUAGUGGGGGGCAGGACCCAGGGGGCAGCCAAGGGUCUGGGGAAGGGCAGUCCAGGGCAGGGAUGCCAGCCAUGGAAAGCCUGCCCCCUGAGAGGCCACAGCCCCAGGCCCUUGCCAGCCCCGCAGUGCAGAAUGGACUCAGGGACAGCAACCUAGCCCCUUGUGCACUUGGAGGGAACCCUGGAGCCUCUGCAGAGUCACCGCUGGCAGCUGGAGGGAGAGGCCCAAGCCCAGGGCUGGCCAGUCAAGAGGCCAAUGGACAGCCAAACAAACCGGACACAUCAGAUCACCAGGUAUGAAGACAUGGCCAGGGCUGUGGUGGGCUGAGCUCUUACUGCCCUUUACUCUGGAGAUGGGUGUACUGAUAUGACUCACACCCGAUUCUCCUACUGUUGACCCCUCCUCUCACUCAGGUGUCUCCAGCACGGGGAGCAAAAGGUGUGUGAGGUAAGUGUGCCUGGGCUUCAAGUCAGAUAACCUCAUCCUCCCACCCCCUACUUACAUUCCUUAAGCCCAUUGUCUGGCUGCCUGUACCCCCACGGUAGACUGCAGGCUUUCCCUUUGCUACAUAGUCUUUGGUUUGGUGGUGGGGAGCAGGCAUGUGCUCCAGGGAAUAGGGAAGGUGCCACAGCCUCCAGGGGAAAGCUGGAAUACAACUUGACUGGGAGGCAACACUAUUAUCCUUCCUCUUCCCCAAGCCUCCUCCUUCAUUGCCGAAGAACUACCAGUUGCAGAGCCAGGGGCUGGGUGGCCAUGAAGCCCCUCCUUUCCACUGGACAGCACUGCCCCCAGCUGUGGGACCAGUCCUAAUUGGUCUCAGCCUGGAGGACACUGGGAGAAGGCACCCACCCCCACCCCCACCCCCGGCCCUGGCCCUCAGUCCCCUUUCCUUGCCUGCCAACAGGCUGCCUGACCCACGUUCCCCAUCACCUCGCUCCAUAUGCUAGAGUGUGGCAACUGGGAUCAGGCCCCCUAAAGCAAUAGCACCUUAGGCCCCCUGCCCUUUAUUCACUGUCAAUAAAUCUGCUCAGACCAUUACA